AUGCCCAUCAACACAACUCUCCUCCUCCACGUCACCCCCCUAGCCAGCACAACCGGCACCCUCGCCCACGCCCUCCUCGAGAACAUCGCCUUCACCACCUUCCUCGACCCAUCCAUCCGCUCGACCUCCGACACCAUCCUACCCACCUGGUUCGCGCGUGUCUUCCGACGCGCCGUGUGGACGGUGCUGGCGCUCAACGUUACCACCAUCGUCACGACUGCGACGGUGCUGCACCGGGGCGGGCGCGGGCAUUCGCAGACGUUCUACUGGGCUGGUCUGGUCGGUGCGGUGGGCCAUCUUUGUUUUGUGCCGUGGGUGAUGGGGCCUGUGGAGAGGAUUGUUGAGGGGAGGAGGGAAUCGAAGAGAGAGGGGGAGAGGCUGGGGGCGAGGCCGACGGUGGACUUGGAGGCGUGGCUGCGUGUGCAUUGGGUGCGGAUGUGCACGGUGGAUUUGAUGGCGUGGAUUGCGUGUGUGGGGGCUGUGUGCACGUUGUAA